AUGAAAAUAACGGAGAAGCUGUUGGCUGCAGAAAGGGAAGACAGACUUUGGUGGAGUUUUGAGUUCUUUCCUCCUAGAACAGCCCAGGGGAUGACUAACCUCGUAGAUCGUAUAGAGAGAAUGAGACGCCUAGGUCCUGAAUUCGUUGAUAUCACUUGGCACUCCGGUGGCAGAACGGCUGAACUUACAACUGAAUUGGUUAAAACAUGUCAGGCGUCUAUCGGAGUCGAAACCUGUAUGCAUUUGACUUGUACCGGUAUGCCUCGUGAAAAAGUCAUAAACGCACUUGAAGAAGCAAAAAAGAAUGGCUGCACUAAUGUAUUAGCACUACGUGGAGAUCCACCUAGAGGACAGACUGAGUGGUACCCCCACCCAAAUGGUUUCACCUAUGCAGCCGAUCUAGUUAGGCACAUUAGACAAGAGUAUGGUGAUUACUUUGAAGUCGCAGUAGCUGGUUUCCCAGAAGGCAACCUCCAAUACAAGCAUUCUUCUGAUAAAGACAAUGAAAUACAAUAUCUUAAAGAAAAGGUAGACGCUGGUGCAGAUCUCAUCAUGACACAAAUGUUCUACGAUGUUGACAACUUCAUUGAUUGGUGUAACAAAGUUAGAGAAGCUGGCGUCACCGUACCAAUCGUACCAGGUAUUAUGCCAAUUCAAACCUGGAACGGUUUCCAAAAAGCGGUUCAAAUGGCUCAAACCAAGGUCCCACAAGACUGGAUGGAUCAGCUCGAGGCUGUAAAAGAAGAUGACGCUAAAGUACGUGAAGUUGGUACAAAAUUAGUUUCAGAUAUGUGCAGGAAGAUCCUAGAUGCUAAUGUCGGUAUUAGAGGUUUACAUUUAUACACAAUGAACCUUGAACGUGGUCCAAAAAUGAUCCUUCAAGAGUUAAAUUUGAUCCCUCAAACCCAAAUACUCAAUCCAUUACCUUGGAGACCAUCACUUACACCAACCAGACGUGCAGAAAACAUCAGACCAAUUUUCUGGGCCAACCGUCAAAAAUCCUACCUCUCACGUACUGAAAUGUGGGAUGAAUUUCCAAAUGGUAGAUGGGGUGAUUCACGUUCACCUGCUUAUGGUGAAAUAGAUGGUUGGGGACCUACUAUUAACUUCAAACUUGACGAAGCACGUGAAAUUUGGGGUGAACCACUCAAAUAUGAUGACGUUUGCAACUUGUUCUCUAGAUUCUGUCUUAAUGAUCUCAAAGCCUUACCUUGGUCAGAUCAACCGCCAGCUCGUGAGACUAGUGUUAUCGAUAGACAACUCGCAAUGAUGAACAAAAUUGGGUUCUUCACGAUCAACUCUCAACCUGCCGUCAAUGGUGCUCGCUCAGAUGAUCCUGUUCAUGGAUGGGGUCCAAAAGGUGGAUACGUAUACCAGAAGGCAUAUUUGGAAUUCUUUGUUUCUCCAGACAAUUUAGACAAACUUAUCAGCCGUAUCGAAUUAAACCCAAUGAUGACAUAUUAUGCAGUUAACAGACGCGGAGAUUUGAGAACAAACACUCACUCUGAAGGUCCAAAUGCAGUAACUUGGGGUGUUUUCCCAGGAAAGGAAAUUGUCCAACCAACUAUCGUUGAAGCUGUAAGUUUCAUGGCAUGGAAAGAUGAAGCAUUCGAGUUGGGUUACCAAUGGAGCGACAUCUACGAGAAAGGAUCAACAAGUCAACAACUCAUUAAAGAUAUAAUGGAUAGUCACUUCUUAGUGAAUGUCGUUCAUAACGAUUUUAAGAAUGGUCAGGAUAUUUUCAAGCCAUUCUUGGAUGAAAUUGCGAAUGAAUCAGCGAUCAAAGAUACCACCAAGAACUAACAAACAAAAAACGAUUUGAAACUUUUAAAAAUUCAUUUAAAAGUAUAGAAUUUUCUUUCUUUCAAUUUCGGUUACACUAAAGGUAAAGAUAAAGGUUCAACCCCCUUUCAAUAACAAAAAAACGGAUCAAAAUUUUUAAACAAUACCAUAUCUUUGUUUCAGUAAGCAGCUCCCAACUUCCUUUUCCUACAAUAAUCAUUUGUACACCUUUGCAUUGCACUUCAACUUGCAUUCAUGAAUAUA